AUGGUAAUUAAGUUUUUUUUUAUUUUAUGUUUAUCCUUGUUUUUUCUUUUUUGUAAUACAAAUACUCAAUAUCCCUACGCGCAUCAUGGCAUUUUAAACAUAGACUCAGAUAAUAUUCAAGACGUGUUUAACACAAAUGAGCAUUGUCUUAUAAAAUUCUAUGCACCACAAUGUGUACACUGCAAGCGUAUAUGGAAUAAAAUUGUAAAUUUAAAAAGUACGAUACAGAAUGAUGAUAAAAAAAAAGUAUUCUUUGGCCAAGUAAAUUGUGGUGAUACGAAAGGGAAAUUUAUCUGCCAAAAGUACGACGUCUUAAGAGUACCACAAUUAAAAAUGUUUAAAGGAAGUGAACUGGUCUCAACUUACUCAAAUAACAUAAAUGAUGAAAAUUUUGUAAAAAAAUGGAUAUAUUAUGUUACCACCCCUAUUUUUUUAGGUGUACAUUCGGAAAAAGAAUUGAGCGCUUACAUAACAGAUGAUAAUCUCUUUCUAACGUGUUCAGAAAAUUUAAGUGAUGAUUUAAUUGAGGUAGCUAAAUUAUAUUACGAUGAACACUACUUUAUCAACAUUAAGAAUCAAAAUCUGUGCGACAAGUUAAAUAUCAAGACUAGCCAAUUGCACGUUAAGGGAUUAUAUGAGCAUGAUGCCUAUAACCUUGAUAAAAUAGAAUUUGAACCAUUAAAAACAUUUGUUAAUAAAAAUAGAUUUCCUUUAGUUAAUAAAGUUGAUCAUCAUAAUUUUUUUAAUCUAAGGAGCAGUGGAAAUAAUUUAAUAUUACUACUUCUGGACUUGCAAAGAGAGGUUGAUGUAGUAAUUUCAAUAUUUACCGAAUAUGCUAAAAGGCACAAAAACUUGAAGGAAUUUAUUUUUGCAUAUAUAGAUGGAAAAUACUAUGAAGAAAAUUUAGAGUUGUAUGGAACUGAUUCAAGAAAAUAUCCUCAAAUAAUUGUAUUUAGCAAACGUCCGCAUGAAUAUUAUUUCGAAGAUUAUUUUAAUUUAGAUAACUUGGAUAGUAUAAUAGAGGACCUACAGAACGAAAGAAUUAACACUAAAGCAGAAGAAUUCACUAAAUCGAAAAUAUAUCUGAUACAACUAAAAAAGCAUAUGCGUUAUAUUUUCCAUAAAGCAUUUAAAACAGAUAUUAUUUCUUUUAUAGGUUUUUUAUGCUCCGUUGUUAUGGUAAUAUUCACAUGUAUCUUAAUGGCACAUACAAUUUAUAGGAUAAUUAGUCAGCAAGGAGUGAAACAUCACUCACAGUGA